AUGCCCAUUGCCCUCGACGCUAACUCUACUUGCAGCAUCCUGAUCCCCUCGACUCCCUCCACCCCCGAGCUUUCGUUUGCCUACGUCAUCUCGCGUCCCAUCCCAUCCACCAUGUCCACCCAGGAAAUUCUCUCUUCCAACGGCUCCAACGAUAUCAUGGACAACAUGGAUCACCUCAAGAUGGAGGACCGUCUCGGACCCGACGGCGAACCCGCCCCUAAGACGGACGAGGAGUACGCCCAGGCCCAGCUCACCCUCCGCGCCAUUGUUUCCUCCAAGGAAGCAGGCGUCAUUAUUGGCAAGGGCGGCAAGAAUGUCGCUGAUUUGCGCGACGAGACUGGCGUCAAGGCCGGCGUCUCCAAGGUCGUCCAAGGCGUCCAUGAUCGUGUCCUCACCAUCACGGGAGGCUGCGAUGCCAUUUCCCGCGCUUAUGCCAUUGUCGCACGUGCGCUCCUCGAGGGUGCUCCUGCCAUGGGCAUGGGCGGUAUCGUUCAAGGCAACGGCACUCACCCCAUCAAGCUGCUCAUUUCGCACAACCAGAUGGGCACCGUCAUUGGUCGUCAAGGUCUGAAGAUCAAACAUAUCCAGGACGUUUCCGGUGUCCGCAUGGUGGCGCAAAAGGAAAUGCUCCCUCAGUCCACCGAGCGAAUCGUCGAAGUCCAGGGCACCCCCGAGGGCAUCCAGCGUGCUCUCUGGGAGAUUUGCAAGUGCCUUGUCGAUGACUGGCAGCGCGGCACCGGCACUGUCUUGUACAACCCCGUCGUCCGCACCCAACCCGGUACCACUAGCAACGUUGGCAGCACCGGCAGCUUUAGCGCCAGUGGCAAUGGCCGCUCCGAGUACAGUAGCCCCCGUGUCAUGCGCACCGGCAACGGCUCUGACUUUAGCAACGGCGGUGGUGCUCGCCCCUUCUCCCGUCGCUCCGACUCUGAUGCCGCCUCCCGUGGUCCCCCGACCCACGACGAGAAUGGCGAAGAGAUCCAGACACAAAACAUUUCCAUCCCUGCAGACAUGGUCGGAUGCAUCAUCGGCCGCGCCGGCAGCAAGAUAUCCGAGAUCCGCAAGACGUCUGGCGCCCGCAUCUCCAUUGCCAAGGCUCCUCAUGAUGAAACUGGUGAACGCAUGUUUACCAUCAUGGGCACUGCCAAGGCCAACGAAUCUGCCCUGUUUCUCCUGUACGAAAACCUCGAAGCCGAAAAGAUGCGCCGGAGCCAGCUCCAGGACACCGACUAG